UCCUCCUCAAUUUGCUAAAGAAGGGCCAUGUCUGCCUUUGAUCAGAGGAACCAGAGCAUGCAGCACACAGAGCCUGAGACAGACUGCAUCACGCCUCGGGUGAAGCCAAGGGGUGAGAUGUUUGUCUUUAUUGAUGGGAAAUGGGUGAAUGACAUCUACUGCCAGCCACCCUUUUCUUCACACCAGAAACUCCUUAGCAAGAAGGCACAGAAUGAGUGGAGCAUCUGGGAGGAGAACAGAGCACUCUGGCAGGAAAACCAGGUCCUCUGGAUCAAAAACAGGAUGCUCUGGAAAGAAAACAAGGCCCUACAAUAUCUCCAGUCACAGAACAAAUCUGUCCAGGUAAUUUACACUGAUGCUAUUCAGCAAAGCCUCAAGAACAAAAAUAAGACAUUUCCACUCUUCCAAGAGAGGAGCACAGGCUUUCAGCUCAGCCUGGGCAACAAAGCUCUCCAGGCAGUCCAGGAAAAGAAUAAAACCUUUGAGGAUUUCCAGCAGGAGAAUAAAGAGCUUACCUGGAAAGGCCAAAAAGCCAUCACAGUCCAUGAAGAGAGCAAAGAUGCCUGCUCAGAUCUUCAGAAGAACAUUGACACCAUUGCAGCUGUGGAAAAGGGUAACCCUGGCCCAGUCGCCCAGCAGAAACAUGAAGGUAAAAGGAAGAGCACUACUGCAACUCAGAAUAAGAUUGAGUCUGCCCCAAGUAUGCCAGGAGAGCAUGAAAUCCUCCGGGCUCUCCAGGACUUAUGUGAGCUCCUCCACACCUUCCUGAAAAUGAGCCAUCCUCCUGGGGAGAAACAGUGCUGUCACAAUCUCUAUGACAUGAACAGAUCCUUCCAAGAGGAUUACAAUAAACUGAAGCUGCAGCUGAAUGCUGUGAAAAGCUCUGUGUCAGACAUUAGAGCUCAAAUGGAUAUGCUGGAAAAGGAGAUCGUUGCCAUCACUUCCCCAAUGUAUGAGGAAGCAGGACAGAAGCUGGCAACUGAGCAUCAGCUUGGAGACAUGUGAAGCUUGGGACUUAGAACUGCUAGUUCAUUUCCCAGAAAGCUUCUCUCAUUUUUUCAGGAAACCUAAUAAAAUCCCAAUAGAGCCUGAAGAUAUCUGCGAACAUCAUGUCCUUCUGAAACUUUCUUACACUGCUUAGAUACAUUUCACCUUCUGGUUAUAUGGUGUAGGUGACUGCCAUGAAUUUGCCUAGUGUCAGGAAUCAUGUUUUCCAACAUUUUUAUUUCAAAGUUUCUGAUAACAAGGUCUAGAUUUUCAGAAGAUUAUUGCUUGAGGAUCUCAACUCUGAUUACAGUGUGCCAGCUUGUAGUCCAGGGUAACACUCACAGUCUCUGCUAAAAAAGCAUUGAUUAAUAAAGGAGGAUAUCUCCUCCCAGACAUCAUGGUGGAGGCCACAGAGGAGAAUGGAGCAGGCAGCAGGACUUGUCCUGCACAGAGCAGUGAGGUCCCUCUUGAUUUCUUGCAUAGUCAGAUGAAGCAGGUUUUUACCUGUCCCAGAGCAAGAGCGUAGGUUGCCAAAAGCAGCAUUUUGAUGGUUGUUCCAUGGCUUAAGUCAGUGUUUGGAAGGGCAUCUACUCACACUAUAAUGGACAGGCCAGUCUGCAGUGAUCUGCUGACACAGAAGAUGAGAGCCUUUUGAUCUGCUCAGGUUUGAAAUUCUGGUCUGGUCCCAGUUGUGUGGCCAGAGUGGCUGGAAAUGCAUUUCCUGUGUCUCGGACAGUCCGGAUGCAGUGCACUGUGUCACAAUCUUUCAGGCAGAAUAUGGGAGCCUGUAAGAAAUCUGACAGGACAGAUGGAGGGAGCCUUCUGCAGAGCAAUUGUAGGAGCAUUACUGUAAAGCAAAGGAGAGGUUACAGUGAGGUUUAUCUGUUGCAGCAGGACCCCAAAAGCAGGCUGUCACUCUAGUUUAAAAGUCUUUAAGUGAUUUGCCAUGGAAUUACCUAAAGCAUGAACUAUCUUUCACCUUGUAUUUCACUCAGACAACCAUGCCAAGUGCAAGUGAUGACUGUUUACUUCAGAGGCUUAAAACAAGAGGUAUUUUCUUCUGCUGUUCCAGCUUUGGGAUGCUGAGGGAAAUCUCUCAGGCAUGAAGUUAAAUGGCUGGCUCUCACUGGUGUGGGUAGGGCUGCAUCUGUAAAAAUCAGGUGAGAAGAAGAGGAACAGUGUUCAUUAAUAGGUGGAUGUGCAGACAGCAAGUUGCUCCUGCUUAAUGACUGGGUUAUAGCUACUAAUAGAUUAAUACCUCAGCACUGUGCUGGGGAACAUGUUCAUGUUCUGUGCCUUCAGACACGCUGCUUUUCUCUGUGCCAUCUCCCUCACCAUGUUUGUGUCCAAUGUUACCAAACAUUGAACAUAAUGUUUGGUAAGAGGGAGAAACAGGGCUAUGAAGACCCUAAUGCAGAGGUUCAGAGGAGGGCAGCAGAAGAAAAUGGCUCUGACCAUGUGUUCAUAUCUUAACAAACUUAUUUGUGUUCCAUUAGAAGAAAUAAACUGCUCUUUUGCCAGUGGUCAGAGUA